UUGUUAUCUGCGAGUGCAGGAUUUCAUCAAUAGGUCAUUUAAAAUUUAUUUGAUUGAAUUCAAAAAUUCUUUGAAGAAAAAACGCAUUAGAAGUUUUAACAUAGAAAGAAGCAAGUGGAAUAUUUCUACUAAGGAAGAAUAUUUUUGACAGAUAUUGCUGAUACUCAUAUUGCCUUUUGGAAGAUCCUUGUGAAACUCAUUAAUACCUUGAAAAAUUGUCAUCUUUGAGGCUUGUUCAACCUUAUCUGAUGUGUGAAAUAAGCAUUUAGCCCUGCAAUGCUAUGGCACUUGCGGCUCCAACGUCAUCUGUUGCGACUACUUCUGCUUCAUGUUUAUCAUCACCACAAUUGCCUUUAAUCAGGUUACAUGAAACUGUGGCCAAAAUAAAUAUGCCAACUGCUAUCAAUCAGAAUUCUUCCUCAGCUGUGUCAAGUGAACCUGUGUACAACUUAACUAUCAGUAAUGGUGAAAUUAUCCACACAUCCGGAACAAGUACAAUUCCCAAGAUUGCAGUUCCGCCAGUUGCUACUCUAGCAGUUUCCAGAGAUUUCAAGGCUGAUCCGGUAACAACAACUAGUCAAAAACCAAUUAUUGUUACUGUGUCUGGAAUGCCUGGAAUGACCGCUGGAAAGCAUCUGACUUCUGCAACUAAUGUGUUACCUACACCAUUGCUGUCUGCUCCUGUACAUAUGGUUGCACAACAUUUCACUACUGAAAAAAUACCAUCAUCUGGGAUUGUUACUCUUCCUACAAUGUCAAGAGUAGCCACUAACAUGAACCCAAUAUUGUCUAAUAAACAACGACAAACAUCACACAUAACUCCAUUGUUACCUGGAAGUAUUCUUACUUCAAAAGGUCAGAUUGUGAUUGCCAGUGGUAAUAGUCCUGUAAUUUGUUCUUCAGCAGCUUCUGUCAUGACAACAAUGUCAAAUAUUACUUUAAAUAGUAGCAUAGUGACUGUGACUCCAGUGAUAAUGACUUCAACAGCUCCCUUAGUUACAUUCUCUGGGAACUCUACUGUUACAUUAAACCCAGUCACUCAAGCUCAGGUUUUGUCCAAUCUUAUCCCAUCAAAUGUGAAGCCUCUGGCCUCAAACAACAAACUUGUCCAAACAUAUGUGAAAUCUUUAAAUCUUGCUGCAAGUCCUAAUUCAUAUCCUGUUGCUGUUCAGCCAGCUGCACUUGCACCUACUGCAAUUGCUUUAGCUACUGGUCCUCCACCGCAAUCUCAGCAACCGAUAGCACAAAUACCUGCAACAGUUUCCAUGCAGCAAUCUUCCAAAGAUCCAGAACCAGAGGCAAAAGAUCUUAAGUCUGCAGACAAUGAUGUGGUAAAACUAUUGAUUUGGAAGGAUGGGAUUGGAGAAUUGCCUGGCAGUGACUUGAAAUUUAAAUUGAAUGAGUUUGGGACUCUGGAAAUUUAUAAUGAAGAUCUUUCCAUUAAUUCCCUUACAAAAACAGUGAGAGAUGAAAGUACUACUACAUCGGAAGAGAAUUCGACUGAGGGCAGACAAAAGACAACCAAAAAUAAAGAAAUGUAUCAAGAUGAAAAUAGUGCUGAAAAGAUAUCUCAAAAUGGUGCCAAAGAUUCUAAUAUGGCAGAAGAAUUGUGCCGUUGUGAAAAUUGUGAAUGUUUUGGUCUAAAAAUAGAGUUUUGUAAAGCUGGAAGGUUUUGUAGUCAAUCCUGUAUGUCAUCCUUUGCCAAUAAGAAAAGUAAUAUAUUGAAAAGAGGAGCUGCUAAAGACAAAUUGAAGAAGAAAAAACUGAAAGUAGAUUCUGAGGAAACUGAAAUAAAAAAUGAUGUUAAAGAAGAUGCAAAAAGUGAUGAUAUGGAAUGUGAAGAAGCUGCAGAGCCUAAAAAAGCUGCAGAGCCUGAACCUAAGAAGAAAGAAUUUUCUUGGGAAGAAUACUUAAAACUGGAAAAGACCAAACCUGCUCCUGUUAAGUUAUUCAAAGAGGGCCAAACUUUUCCUACGAAUGCUAAUGGCUUUGUGAAAGAUAUGAAACUUGAAGGCAUAGAUCCUAAACAUCCAUCUUUAUUUUGUGUUUUAAGUGUUAGUGAAACAAAAGGUUACAGAGUACGACUGCAUUUUGAUGGGUAUUCAGAAUGUUAUGAUUUUUGGGUAAAUGCAGAUUCACCAGACAUUUUUCCUGUUGGUUGGUGUGAAAAAACGGGGCAUGAGCUUCGGCCACCUAAAGGUUUUACUCCUAAAGAAUUUAAUUGGGAGAAUUAUCUAAAGAUGUCAAAAGCUGAAGCAGCUCCCGAGCAUCUUUUUACUUGGGAAAGUCGGCCUGCUAAUCCACACUUUCGUCGUGGAAUGAAAUUGGAAGCAGUGGAUAAAAAAAAUUCCUCACUUGUGUGUGUUGCAACUAUAACAGAUGUUAUGGACAACAGAUUUUUAAUACAUUUUGAUGGUUGGGAAGAUGUGUAUGACUAUUGGGCUGAUGCAACAUCUCCUCAUCUCCAUCCUGUUGGCUGGUGUUCAGAAAACAAUCAGGUUUUAACACCGCCCAAAGAUACAAAAGAAAAUGCAACAUUUAAUUGGAACAAAUAUAUAGCUGAUACUAGAAGUACACCAGUUCCAGCUCGAGCUUUCAAACCUUGUCCACCAAAUGAAUUUGAAGUUGGUAUGAAACUUGAAGCUGUUGACAAAAGGAACCCUGGGCUUAUUAGGGUAGCUACUAUUGCUGAAAGAAAUGAUCAUAGUUUGCUUAUACAUUUUGAUGGUUGGUCUUCAGUUUAUGACUAUUGGGUUGAUGAUAAUAGUCCUGAUAUACAUCCUGUCAACUGGUGUUCUAAAACUGGUCACCCAUUGGAACCUCCAGCUAACCCUCGUACUCAAACUGGUCCGUGUCCAACACCAGGAUGCUUGGGACAAGGGCACAUAAAGGGUCCAAAAUAUACUUCCCACCAUAGUGCCUUUGGAUGUCCUUAUUCUCAGGCUAAUUUGAAUAAAGUUGAUACCUCAGGUCAAGAUAGAGUGACUGUUCCAAAAGAGCGUUUGAAUGAAUUCACAAAAAAGAUAUCUGACCAAGGAGGAACAACUGAUGGAUUAAGGCGUUGCCCUACACCUGGUUGCAAUGGAGUUGGACAUGUGAAAGGAAAAUAUUCAGUUCAUCAUAGAGUAUCUGGAUGUCCUCUGGCUGAAAAAAAUGCUUUAAAAAUGCAACAAAACACUUCAACAUCUUCAAAUCCAUCUACUUCUCGAACACCAACGCCACCUCCUGCAAUUUCUACUACGACUGUAACUAAUACAGAUCCAAAGCCUUUAGAUAACAUCAAAACACGGAAUGGAAUAGGAAGAGGGAAAAAGAAGUUCAAAGUAGCUGGUACUGGUAUGCGAGGAAGACCCCCAAAGCAUCUGACUGUUUUAAGACUCGAGGCAAUGAAAAAGGCAGAAGAAGCGAGAGAAAAGAAAAACAAUUUAGAUGAGAAAAUCCAUGAAUCUGUUUUCAAUGGUUCAUUGUUUGUCCCACCUAAGGAUCUGCCUCUUUCCUGGGAAUAUAAUGCACAAUUGAUUCCAGGAGUUUCUUCAAUUAAAGGGAGUGCAGUGAGACAGUGGUCAAUCAAUCAAGUUGCCAAGUUCAUAUCCUCUUUAAGAGGUUGUGAAGAUCUGGGAAAGGUUUUCCGAGAACAACUAAUUGAUGGUGAAGCUUUACUUGAAAUGACUCAAGCAGAUCUGAUCAAUAUUUUGAAACUAAAACUGGGACCAGCAGUAAAAAUUUUCAGCAGCAUUCAGUCUUUUAACCAGUCAGAGAAAUUGGAAUAAAUCGUAAACAUUUGGUGUGAUGAUGUUUUAUUGUUGUGUAUAGGUGUUGCUAAGGAUGUUGCUCAAGCCUCCUAAAUGUAGUUAAAUUUUUAGUCUCUGAAUUGCUCAAUGUCUGUUACCAGUAUUCGUCUGGUUGAACAGUGUUGUUGUAAAACUGUUGAAAAACUGUGCUUUGAAUUUGCAGUGUAUCUAUUUUAAGGAAUGCAGCAAUGUGCUUUGUUGAAAACUACGUAAUUUAUUUUUUUAUAUUAAAAACCAAAAUUAUCAGGCUGAAUGUGAGUAAUGUCAAACUUGAUUUAAGUUUAAGAUGCAUUUAUGGUUUAGGGCUGAAAAGAAGAAAAUUUGUGAGUCUUUAUUAUUGUGAUUCCAACCUUCCUAACAUUUAACUAAGUUGUAUAGCUUCAUCAAAAUUAUCUUACUGAUUUAAGAUUCUUAUAAUUGACUUGUGAUACUUCAUUUAUAAGCAUUUAAAAUAAUUUUGAUCAAAAAUUAUCCUUAAAAAAAUUUUUUUUUCAGGAAUUAUUUGAUGAAUAUUUCUUAUUUUUAGUUGUCAAUGUUCUGUACAUACAUUUGCAAGAUUUUGUUAUGUACAUACAUUUUGUUCGUAUAUUUUAGAUUUAUUUUUGUUUCAUAUCAUUUAUACAGUUUGAAUAAAAGGCUUGUAAAUGUAUCCAAGUAAAUACAUUGAGCUAUAUGGUUUUUAGUGUUGUAGUUAGCUUAUUAUUUAGGAUUUGUUUUUAUGAAAAUAAAUUGCCAAAGGUAAUUAAAUAUUUCAUGAACUGAAAUUUUUAAAUGUAUUAGUAACAAUAAUCGUUAAAGCUGUUACCCAAUAAUUUUAAGCAGAUAAUUUAAAAAAAUCACAUUUUAUGAAAUAUUUUCUUUUACUUCAUUCAUUCAGGUUCAGAGGGGAGAAAUUAGGUUGUGAUAUUAUUGAACUCUCUGAAUAAUUUAUUGGGAAGGAAUACUACUAAGGGAGAAAAAAAAUAGAUGAAUUGAUAAAUAUAUUCAAGAUACUAGUAUUCAUUUCUCGCUUUAGUAGAAUAUACAUUACUUUCUUUCUCCCUUUAAAAUAAAAUAAUGUAAAAUUAAACAAUUAAAAGUC